UCAAAUUGGAACAUGUCGAGGGAAGAGGAGAUUGUUGUCAGGGAUGUCACUAAUGCUGGCCUUGUUCUGAGCGACCGCAUUAGCAGAGAUGUUUCUGCUCAGAUCGACCUGGAAGAGGCCCUUGAAGCCGCCAGAUGCGCAAGCCAUCCAUACUCGUCUCAUCCUAGAGAGUGGCCUCCUUUGGUUGAAGUGGUGGAUACUUUGGAAUUACCUCCUGUACUGACUGAAAGAUAUAAUGCAGCUGGUGGGGAAGGAACGGUAUUAUGUGGAAUAUUUCCAGAGUUACGCCGAGCAUGGGCAUCGGUAGAUAACUCUUUAUUUCUUUGGCGUUAUGAUAAAUGGGAUGGUCAGUGCCCUGAAUACUGUGGCGAAGAACAAGCCAUUUGUGCAGUGGGCCUGGCCAAAUCUAAGCCUGGCAUCUUUGUUGAAGCCAUCCAGCGUCUCUUAGUCCUAGCAACUCCUGUUGAGUUGGUUCUUGUAGGAGUAUGCUGCAGCGGGAGAGGAGAUGAAACAGAUCCAUAUGCUGAGGUUUCACUACAGCCCUUGCCAGAAUAUACAAUACCAUCUGAUGGUGUCACAAUGACGUUUAUCACGUGUACUGCUAAGGGUAAUAUUUUCCUGGCUGGCCGUGAUGGUCACAUUUACGAGUUGCAGUAUAUGAUUGGCUCAGGCUGGCAUAAACGCUGUCGUAAAGUUUGCCUUACAGCAGGUUUAGGAAGUGUUAUUUCUAGGUGGGUUGUACCAAAUGGGUUUAAGUUUGGAGCUACUGACCCCAUUGUUGAAAUGGUUGUGGACAAUGAGAGACACAUUCUCUAUGCAAGAACAGAGGAGACAAAACUUCAGGUAUUUGAUCUGGGGGAAGAUGGUACUGGUCCACUUAAGAAAGUUGCCGAAGAAAGGAAAUUGAUUGAUCAGAGGGAUAUACUUUAUGGGGGUAGACAGUCUGCUGGAUUUGGAGCCACUAACCGGGCAGCAAAACCAUCAAUAGUUUGCAUUGCACCUUUAUCAACUGUGGAAUCAAAGUCGCUACACCUUGUUGCUGUUUUAUCAGAUGGUAGGAGAAUGUACCUUUCCAUUGUUUCUUCUAGUGGGAACAGUGUUGGAGGUUUGGGUGGACUAAAUACCGCUUGUCAGAAGCCAUGUGGUUUAAAGGUUGUAACAACCAGGCCAUCACCUCCUUUAGGGGUUACUAGUGGGCAUACCUUUGGAGCCAUGUCUCUUGCUAGUAGAUCACAGCCUGAGGAUCAGACUCUGAAGGUAGAAGCAGCAUACUAUUCUGCAGGCAUUCUUGUACUUUCUGAUUCAUCGCCCCCAUCCAUGUCCACUCUUCUCAUUAUGAACAGGGAUUCAAGCACACAGUCAUCUCUCCCAGGUAGUUUCGGGACAAGUUCAAGGAGCUCUCGGGCUUUAAGGGAAUCUAUAUCUUCCUUACCUGUAGAGGGCCGCAUGCUUCUUGUGGCUGAUGUUUUCCCUCUUCCAGAAAAAGCUGCUAGUGUGCACUCACUGUAUUCAGAUUCAGAAUCCUUUGGAUUUGAAGGUUUAGGAGAAUCAUGUGAGAGACAAUCUGGAAAACUUUGGGCUAGAGGUGACCUAGCAAUGCAACAUAUUUUACCAAGGAGGAGGAUUGUCAUAUUUAGUACCGUGGGCAUGAUGGAAGUGGUUUUCAAUAGACCAGUGGACAUUCUGCGAAGGUUGUUAGAGUCCAAUACACCAAGAUCAAUAUUAGAGGAUUUCAUUAAUCACUUUGGAGAUGGAGAAGCGGCGGCAAUGUGUUUAAUGCUGGCUGCAAAGAUAGUACAUACUGAAAAUAUAGUAACCAAUGCUGUUGCUGAGAAGGCAGCUGAAGCAUUUGAAGACGCACGACUGAUUGGAAUGCCACAACUUGAAGGUAGUAAUGCAUUUUCAAACACAAGAACUACCCCUGGAGGCUUCAGCAUGGGGCAGGUCGUUCAAGAGGUUGAACCUAUUUUUUCUGGUGCCCAUGAAGGACUUUGCUUGUGCUCAUCAAGGUUGCUUUUUCCUGUGUGGGAGCUUCCUGUUAUGGUUGUCAAGGGAAAUGUAAGUUCUGCUGCCGGUUUGGAGAAUGGGGUGAUUGUUUGCAGACUUUCUGUUGGAUUGAUGGAAGUCCUUGAAAAUAAGAUUCGUUCAUUAGAGCAGUUUUUAAGGUCAAGAAGAAACCAGAGGAGGGGACUCUAUGGUUGUGUUGCUGGUCAGGGAGAUGUAACUGGUUUAAAUUUAGGACUUGGCGACCAGAGCAUGGUAAGAAACUUUUUUGGUGCUUACUCCCGAAACAUUGAGUCAAGUGAUGGUGGAACAGCUAAUAAACACCAGCACUAUCCAUAUAGUCUUGCAGAAUUGGCUGCCAUGGAGGUGAGAGCAAUGGAAUGUAUCAGGCAGUUGCUCCUUAGAUCCGGUGAAGCACUGUUUUUACUCCAACUUCUUUCACAACAUCAUGUGACUCAAUUGGUCCAAGGUUUUGAUGCCAGUCUGCGGCAGUCGUUAGUUCAAUUGACAUUUCAUCAGCUAGUUUGUUCUGAGCAGGGUGAUCAGCUUGCGACAAGGCUUAUAUUUGCUCUAAUGGAGUAUUAUACUGGUCCAGAUGGGCGGGGGACAGUGGAUGAUAUCAGUGGGAAGUUACGGGAAGGUUGUCCAAGCUAUUACAAGGAGUCUGACUACAAAUUUUAUCUUGCUGUUGAGUGUCUUGAGAGAGCUGCAGCCACUGCUGACUGUGAUGAGAAGGAGAAUCUAUCUAGAGAGGCUUUUAAUUUGUUAACUAAAGUUCCAGAGUCAGUGGAUUUGAGCAUCGUAUGCAAACGAUUUGAAGACUUGAGAUUUUAUGAAGCUGUGGUCCGUCUAGCACUGCAGAAGGCAGAGGCUCUUGUUCUUGCAGGUGAUGCAUUCAAUGAGCAAAUUGAAGUGAGCAUCCAAGAAAAUGCCCUAGCUCAACGUGUGCAGUGCUACGAGAUAAUCACCAAUGCUUUACGUUCUCUGAAGGGACAAAUUGGGUCACAGAGGGAAUUUGGUUCUUCCACUACACCUGUUGGGCAACCUAUCCUCAAUAAAGCCUCUUGGGGCAGAUACAUCCGCCAAAUUGUUCAGCUUGGUGUCCAGUCACCUGACACAGCAUUUCAUGAGCAUUUGUACAGGGCAAUGAUUGAUCUGGGCCUUGAGAAUGAGCUGUUGGAGUAUGGCGGUCCUGAUUUGGUGCCUUUCCUUCUGAGUGCUGCCCGUGAGCCAAUACAAGAGGUUCAGCCUGUUUUGGCCAUAACCUCUGGGGCUUCUCCUAUGGAUCACUCAGGGUCACUGCUUACCGCUAAUCAAGUCAAGUACUGUGAACUCUUGGCACGGUACUAUGUAUUAAAGCGUCAGCAUGUCCUUGCAGCUCGUGUAUUGUUGAGACUUGCAGAAAGACACUCCUCUGAUGCUGUUGAUGCCCCUACACUGGAACAAAGGAGUCAAUACCUCAGCAAUGCGGUUCUGCAGGCAAAGAAGGCAAGCGAUAGUGAUGGACUAGCAAGUUUGGCCCGAGGUGCUUUUGAUGGGUUGUUGGAUGUGCUUGAAGGCAAGCUUGCUGUUCUUCGAUUUCAAAUCAAGAUAAAAGAGGAACUGGAGACUAUUGCCUCAAGGGUAGAAGCUUCGUCUGGUACUUCUGAUUCUGCUCCUGAUGACCCUUCCCCUCAGAGGAAUCUGGUUGCUGAUGUCAAUCUCGCAAGCACAGCACGAGAAAAGGCCAAAGAGCUAUCAAUGGAUCUGAAAAGUAUCACUCAAUUGUACGAUGAUUAUGCAGUUUUAUUUGAGCUUUGGGAGAUAUGUUUGGAAAUGCUCUACUUUGUGAAUUAUUCUGAAGAUGCUGAUAAUAGUAUUGUCAGAGAGACCUGGGCCAGACUGAUUGACCAAGCUCUUUUAAGGGGUGGAAUUGUUGAAGCUUGUGCAGUGUUGAAGAAGGUUGGUUCAAGUGUUUAUCCUGGGGAUGGAGCUGGCUUGCCUCUAGAUACACUAAGUCUGCACCUUGAGAAGGCUGCACUGGAGCGAUCUGUUUCAAGAGCUGAACUUGUUGGAGAUGAAGAUGUUGCAAAGGCUCUUCUUUCCGCUUGCAAGGGUUCUGCUGAACUUGUGUUAAACACCUAUGACCAAUUGCUAUUGAAUGGAACUAUAUUGCUAUCACCAAACCUCAAGUUGCGCCUUCUCCAUUCUGUGCUUGUGGUCCUUCGUGAAUGGGCAAUGUCAGUGCUUGGGCAGAGAAUGGGAACUACUGAUACUGCAGCUUCUCUUAAUCUAGGUGGAGCAUUAUCCUUGAAGAAAACUGCUGUCAUAAAUCGAGGUGUCUGUGAUAAAAUCGCUAGUGCAUCCAACAGGUAUUUGACUGAAGUGCGGUGUUUAGCUCUUCCACAGAGCCAGACUGAAGCUGUUUACCAAGGUUUCCGAGAGCUUGAAGAGUCACUGCUGAGUCCAUUCUCUUUUGAGCGGUUUUGAUUUUAAAGUAAAAUAAUUUAAAUUUCCGUGUAGCAUAAGUCCAAUAAGAAGUUGUUUUCCGAUUUAAUUGAUUGAACUACAUUCCAUCUGAUGAGUUGUGUAAGAGGGAAUAGAAAUUUUGAUCAGGCGAAGCAUGAGGUGCAAAAAGAAAGAAGAAAGAUU